CGGUACGUUAAUGACAUUGUCUCGAUAUCUGACGAACAGGGAGGGAGUAGGAAAUUUUCGGAAAAGUGGAUUUUGGUCGUGACUAGAAAGAAAGACAGAGUAUGGCUGAGAAGCCAGUCAAGAUUGGUACCCGGGUAGAGAUCAUCGGGAAAGGAUGGUUAGGAAAGGUAGCAUUUGUUGGAACAACAACCUUUGCAGCUGGUAAAUGGAUUGGUGUUGUAUUGGAUGAACCAAAGGGGAAGAACAAUGGAACCGUCCAGGGCAAGAAGUACUUCUCCUGCCCUGAUAAUCAUGGGAUUCUCAUCCGACAAUCACAGGUCAGUAUCUUAGAUGAUGGAGACCGCACCCCUUCACCCGUGACCACGCCCGCUCCAUCUAGCAGCAUUCCGAAACCUUUUGCAGCCAAGGGCAAGGUCGAUAGUACCUUAGCGUCCAAGCAGUCGAGAGCUGCAAUGUACGCCAAAAAGUUGACAGAACGCAAUUUAGAGAAAAGUGCCAAUAAUGGUGGUAGAAAGUCGUCCAUUCCUUCGUUGAUGCGGCGGUCCAGCGACAUUCCAACCCCGCGAAGAAGCUCCUCCCCAUCUGGCAUCCAAGCGCCGAAGUCGAUCCAACGCCCGUCGACCAAGCCAGCCACCAAGAUCGGAAAGCCUGCAUCUUCUUCCUCCUCUUCCUCUUCCAAUGCCCCUUCACCAACCCCAGCCUCUGCCCAGGCCCCUGCCCCCGAGCCGUUGGCCUCGGUGAGUAGCCAGGGUGAUGGAUUCUCGUCGGAGGAGGCGGAGAUCCUCAAGCUUGAGGUGAAGGAUCUCCAGGAGAAGCUGGAGACGUUGAAGAUGAAGAGGGCAGAGGACAGGGCCAAGCUGAAGGAAGGGGAGAAGAUGAGGAUUCAGCUCCAGCAGCUCCAAGAGUUCAAGUCCAAGAUGAUGGAGGCCAAGGUGGAUCUUGAACGCCAGCUCCAGGAGGCCAAGAACGAAGCCAGGGAGGCCGUGGAGGAGAGGGAGCGCCAUGCGGAGGAGAUGGCAGGUGUCGCAGAGACCAUCGAGAUGGCUACCCUCGAUAAGGAGAUGGCCGAGGAGAAAGCUGACACUCUCCAACAGGAGGUGGACUCGCUCAAAGAGCGGGUGGAAGAGUUGACCCUUGACCUUGAGCUGUUGCGUAGUGAGAUCGAAGAAGGAGGAACGGAAGGUGCAUCAGCCAGCUACCAACUGAAGCAGCUUGAACAGCAGAACAAUCGUCUCAAGGAAGCUUUAGUCAAACUGCGUGACCUGUCAAACACUGAGAAACAGGAGCAUCAGCGAGCUCAGAAGGACAAGGAGAAGCUAUCACAAGAACUUAAAGACAUCAAGGCACAGAAGGACAGUACCAACAAAGCUCUUAAGGAUGCAGAAAACACCAUCAUUGAACUGAAAGAACAGGUGGAUGCUGCACUAGGAGCAGAGGAGAUGGUGGAGAGUCUGACUGAAAAGAAUCUUGAGAUGGAAGAGAAGUUCCAGGAACUAGAGGCCACCAUGGCUGAUCUCGAAGCGAUGAAUGAUAUGAACGAGGAGCUCCAGGAGAACGCGAGGGAGACAGAGAUGGAGCUGAGGGAGGAGCUCGACAUGUCCAAGAGCCAGAUCUCUCAAUAUCAACUCAAGAUAAAUCAAUUCCAGGAGAACAUCCAAGAUCACCAGGUGACCAUAGCCAAGUUCAGGGAGCUCACUGCUUCUCUUCAGGAGAAGAAUCGUGAUUUGCUGAACCAGACCCAGUCUAGCGAAGCCGAUAACUCACCAUCCGAGGCUCCUGCGUAUGACUUCACUACCAAGUUUACUGAAGCAAAGGUGCAGUCUAAGACUAUUGAGGUUGAGCUUCGUAAGUUGGACGUGAACCAAGCCAACGAGCAUAUCCGUCUGCUCACAUCCUUCAUGCCAGACUCAUUCCUACGCAGAGGAGGUGACCAUGAUUGUGUCCAUGUACUGAUGUUGGUGUCUCGUAUGCUGGCCAAGUCUAAGCUUCUCAUCAGUCACAUUAAAGAUAAGGCUGAUAUACCGGAGACGAUGAACCGAGAGCAGGUACUUCGUCAUAACCACGGGGAGCAGCUCUCUUUCUUCAACUCGCUCACCUUCAUGAUGCAUAAACUGAGGACGAUCCUCAACAAGUAUCAUACUGCCCUUAGUACCUGCAGUGUUGAGCUCUUCUGCAAGAUUGGAACCCUUUUCCCCGAGAUAGCACCCCAUGAACGAUGUGUGGAUCACAUGCUGGAUCUCCUGAAAAAGGAUCAGCUUGAUGAGAAUGUCUCCAUGGAAUCCCUGGAGCGAGCCAUUGAGUACCUGGAGCAUCUCUACAGCGUUCAUCUUCUCCAGGAGGAGAUCAAUACUACUACCCUCAUGGCGAACCAUAUUUCUUUCAUGUCAUCUGGAUCCGACUGUGUCGCCCUCGAGGUCAAGAAACUAAGAGUUCUCAUGCAGGCCAAUCAAGAGACGGCUGAUUUCUCAAUCUUGAUGCGUGAUAUGGAGAGUACUAACACAGAUCUCAAACAGUUUGCAAGAAUGAUUCGUCGACGUCUACCAAGCCAAGCUUUGGAGUCUACUAUGGAUGGUCCCAGUCCAGGCCCAACUUCAAUCUCCUAUGGUGUUGAUGUUCAAAACUCGCUGUAUGAGAGUGCUGAUCUUAUGGUGAAGGUGGUAACCGCUUUGAAGGACUGCGGACACCACGCCAUGAAGCAUGCUAGCUCUCUUGCAGACGAGGCAGUGAAGAACAAAAACAAGUCCGAUGAAGAGGAGGCCAAAGGUCGGAUAAGUAGCCAAUCAGAGCAUUCUUUGCAUCAUGGAAUGUUGGCAUGCGUACCUUAUUAACCAAUCACCUUCCACCUAUCUAUACGAUUGAAUGAUUUAUGCUCUGGUGACCAUUCCUCGGGGUGAAUAUUGGAUAUUUGCUAAAAGUCAAACUAAAAAUUGGAUUUGACACUACCCUUCUAACCCUUACCAUAAUGGUUUAAUCGCAAAUCAUCUGGAUGUUUUAAAUACAUACAUGUAGACCCCAUUGCAUGAACUUGCAUGGAGUCCUUGGUGGCUGUUGAUCAGCGUUACCAUGGUAGUUAUCAUUAGAUGGCAAAGUUACCAUAAUAGGAAUUUUUCUGCAACAGGGCCCAGAUCUAGAUCUUGCAGUUUGCACUGUCUUCACAUUAGCCCUUUUUUUACUGGUCCAACCUGUUUCUCACGUCGGACCUGUAGAUACCCAGCUUUUCAAUUUUUUUUUAAUCUUUCAAUAUUUAUUGAAUAUAUAAAUCAACAUCAACAAGUUUUCCAUUUUUUACUGGUCCAAACUUAAAAUUUACUGGUCCCCCAAAAUAAAGAAAAUCAUAAAAAAGACUUGAAUUUAUUUUGCUGUCUUUUAUUGCUUAUUGUUACCUCCCCCCCCCCCCCUAAAAAAAUAGGGCAAAUUACACACACACACACACACAACAUAAUUCAUGAGAGCCAGCUACUGGCCCGACAACAAUUUUGACUGGUCUGGGACCGUCAGACCAGUGCCAGUGUCAUGCAGUGAGUUUGCACUGGCUGAGAAUUGUGAAGUGAUAGGAGAAGAAGACCCUAUUGUCAUGUUACACCAGCAAAACCGACUGCAAACCAACUAAACGUAUCACAUUGUUUCCAAUGACAGUCGAUCAGUCGGUCUCGGGUCAGUUUCAUUGGUGUGACUCUACCAUUAAACCGAUUUCAAUAUCAACCAUCAUCUCAACUUGAAAAGCUGAAAUCAAACCUUAUAAUCGUGUCAUUGACACUCUUAAACUUUGUCUGAAUUUGAAACAAAAUCUUGAAAAUUAUGUUUAGAUCAGACUCGUACCCGCCAACCAGUAAGAUAAUUUUAAAGCAAAAUUAAUAUAUUUGAAGGAUGUGCAGUAUACUUUAAGUGUGUAAAGAUUUUUUUUUUUUAAGGAUUUUUCAUUUUAAAAUGUUGACAGGUGCAUGUACAGUGUAUGAGAUCUUAACGUGUAUCUGAACUU